AUGGCAUCAUCUAAGGAUCAAUCACUUUUGGAUAUUUAUUCUACACAAGUAACAAAUUUUAUUGUUGUAUCAUUAUUUGAAUUACGAUUAAUUGAUCCAUUUAUUGUUACAUUUCGAGCAUUAGCAAACAGAAAAGUUCGUUUUUUUUUAUUCAUGAAAUUUUUCUAAAGCUUAAAUUGUUUUUUAGAAUAUCAAUCGUCCUUUCCGUUUAGUUUGGUCCAUAAUUGGAUUUAUCUUCUAUGAUAGUACCAUUUAUUUGAAUUUAAAAUUUCUAUGGUUUUAUAAUAUCUCUAAUUUUAUUUUAGCUAAACAAUUCUAAAUAAUUUUCGUGAAUUUUUAAUUCAUGAUGAAACUAUACAUCAUCUUGAUACCUUUUCAUAUUAAUAAUUUUCUUGGCUUUAUAGAUCGUACAUUAGCUGGAAAUUAUUUACUUAUUCAAUCAAUAUAGACUAUUAGGAAUAAUUUAUUAAAACCAAAUACAUUAUUAUUAACAUCGUUAAAAUUCUUCGUACACUUAUAUAUAUUUGUAUUACCGGUAGUCGAAUCAACUGUUUGUCUUCAUAUUGAAAAGAUGGUAGGACUUGAAGAGCAAUCAUUAAAUUCACAACUAGUACCUAAAUAUUUACCAUUAAUUUUACAAAUAUUAUUAACAACGAAAAACAAAUAAUAUACACUAAAUAUUGAUGCACAAAUGCUUCAAAAUGUAACUUAUAGAAGUAUAUGUAAUGAGUAUUUUAAUCUAACAGAAGAAAAAGUUUACCUUUCUUUGACAUUGUUGUGAUAAGAAAUAAAAACGGCAGAAUUCUACAUAGUACAAAUCGUAAAGAAAAGCAUUUCAACUACAUUAAUACAAUAACGAAACUUAUCGAUAAAAUUUUGAAUCAUGCUAUUUAUAUUGUUACAGCUAAAAAAAUACGAUAUCUUUUUAAUUUUAUGAAAAAGAAAAUAAUCAUAAAUAGUUUUAAAAACAUCUCGUAAGAUAUUUUCUAUUGUGUCAUCUAUUUGAAACUCAAAAUAACGGAUUCAACUUUAUGAAACAUUCUUCAAAACAAAUAUUAUCAAUUGAUGACUAAAGAUACAACACAAAUAUUGAUCUCAUAUUCAGUUUGACAUUUUCGAUCGGAAGAGAUCUUGAAACUAAGUUACUUUCUUGCAAUAAUGUCUAUGACCAAAAUACAAAUACAAAUAACAUGUUGAAUUUAUAUAUUAAUUUUCAACAGAUGAUGCAAAUGAUUUAUUUCGUAUUAUUAUAUUUAUGCCGAAAAUUAUUUAUAUAAAUGUAUUUCGAAAAAGAAAGAGUUCUUAGUUGAAAUUGAAAUGAAAGGGUUAUUUCGAGGUUUGACAAAACAAUACAUAACCUAAACAUCAAUUAUGUAUAAAUUACUUACGAGGCAAGAUCCUUAACUGAUCAAUCGCUUUUGCAUUGAGACAAUGUGCAAUAUGUAGGUACAAAGAAACUAUGAAUAUCUUGAAAAAAGUUCGGACUGACAGCUUGUUCGUAUGAAGAUAUUGCAUUUUUACGGUAUGUUUUUAAAUGAAUGCCGUGUUCCCUCUCAGGAGUAUCAGAAAAAGUGAUUUUCGAAUUUCGACUUGAAACUUUAUAUAGAAACAGAACUUAUCGAGAAUAGUAUUCUAUAAAUAUUUCAGAUCUUUCGAUUAGUUCCACUCUUGAAAGACAAGCAUCAAAUCUUCUGGUUUAUCCGGAUGAAGUUAUCAUAUCUGUAAGUAUGGAUAGCAACAGCAAACAAGUCUGAAGGGUGGGUGUGUGAGUAUUCUAUUUUCUAGCUACACCCACACCGUAUUUUUUAUGUAUUUAUGUAAUAUUAACCAAUUUGAUUUCGAUGAGUUGAUUAGUUUUUGUAGAACUAUUUCUGAUAAAUAAUUAAAAUAGAUUUAAAUUGAUAAUCAACCUUUAAGAUUUAUUUAGUUAAAAUCAAAUAAAAAUUUAAUGUUGAAAUGUUUCAAUCGAAAUUAAUUGAAUUUUUAUGUCGAGACUGAGUUAAACUAUAUUCAACUAUUUAAGAUUUGCUUUUAUCAAUUACAGUUAUCCGGAAAAAAUCUUAUAAAUUUUUAUAACUGAUGAAGUUGUAAACUAGAAACGAAACGUCACAGCAUUUUAAACAAAAAUAAAUAAAAAACUAACACUUAGUCAAAUGAAAAUCAUUUAAAUAAUCAGAAAGAUAACCUACAAACGUCAACAAACGUAUUGUGAAUGUACCGUUCUAGAAUAGUUUUUUCUCCAGAUUCUGAUGAAGAAAUUUUUUCUUAAAGUUCUUAAGUGUUUUUCCCAAAACUUGGUUUCUCGGCAACAAAUUGAAAUAAAUUCUAUCCGGCUCGGAACAGAGCUAACUUUCAUAUUUAAUUGGUUUGUUAUGCUUAUAUUGAACAACAUGUCCAUUAAAAUGUUUGUAAUAAUUGAACAGAAGGAAAUUUCAAAAAUUCCGUCCGAUGAAAAAUUGCACACAAAAGCUAGUUUUCGUUUGAAUGCAGUCCUAUUAGGGGUUAUUUCCAAAAAGAGAAUAGAAUGUCCUUGAUGUUA